AUGAUGCAAAUAGAGAGUAGCAGUCAAGAGUUUGACUCUAAAUACAGGGAGAAUUCUUUCACGUAUGAUGUUAAGCGAGAUGUGUACAAUGAGGAGACCUUUCAACAGGAACACAGAAGGAAGUCCGCUUCCUCUGGGAACAUGGACAUCGACAUCACCACCGUUAGACACCACGUCCAGUGCCGCUGCUCAUGGCACAAGUUCCUAAGAUGCAUGCUUACGAUCUUUCCCUUCCUAGAAUGGAUGUGUUUGUAUCGAUUCAAGGACUGGCUUCUUGGAGACUUACUUGCUGGUAUGAGUGUUGGCCUUGUGCAAGUUCCCCAAGUCCUGACGUUCAGUUUGCUGGCGAGGCAACUCAUUCCACCUCUCAAUGUCUCAUAUGCAGCUUUCUGUUCUUCAAUACUUUAUGUGAUUUUUGGAUCAUGUCAUCAAAUGUCCAUUGGUCCCUUCUUCCUUUUGAGCACGCUGGUGGUCAAUAUCCUGAAGUUGCACCCAUUCAACAGUGGCCACCUGAUACUGGGCUCUUUCAUCAAACAGGACUUUACCAACCCCUCUUUCUACACGGCUUAUAACAGAUCCUUGAGUGUGGUAGCAUCCACAACAUUUCUGACUGGGAUUAUUCAGCUGUCAAUGGGCAUGUUAGGUUUUGGCUUUGUGACCACGUAUCUUCCGGAGGCUGCGAUCAGUGCUUACCUGGCUGCCACAGCAAUACACAUCAUACAGUCCCAGCUGACUUGCAUCUUCGGGAUUAUGAUUCAUUUCCACGCUGGGCCCAUCUCCUUCUUCUACAACAUAGUUAACUACUGUAUGUCUCUCCCAAAAGCUAAUUCCACCAGCAUCCUACUGUUUCUAACUGCUGUUGUCACUCUGAGAAUCAACAAAUGCAUCAGAAUUUCCUUCAAUCAGUACCCCAUUGAGUUUCCCAUGGAAGCUUUUCUGGUUCUUGGCUUCAGUGCAUUCGCAAACAAGAUAAACAUGGCCACAGAAAACAGCAAGAUGCUCAUUGAUAUGAUUCCUUAUAGCUUCCUGUAUCCUGUUACUCCAGACUUCAACAUUCUUCAGGAAAUUAUUUUAGAAGCCUUCUUCUUAGCUUUAGUGAGCUCCUCACUGCUCGUAUUCCUGGGCAAGAAGAUUGCCAGUUUCCAUAACUAUAAUGUCAAUUCCAACCAGGAUCUAAUAGUCAUUGGGCUUUGCAAUGUCGUCAGCUCAUUUUUCAGAUCUUGUGUGGUUACUGGUGCUGUUGUCAGCACCAUAAUCCAGGAUAAAUCUGGAGGAAGACAACAGUUUGCAUCUCUGGUAGGAGCAGGUGUGAUGUUGCUCCUGAUGGUGAAGGUGGAACACUUUUUCUACGAACUGCCAAAUGCUGUGCUGGCCGGUAUUAUUGUGAGCAACAUCCUACCCUACCUUGAAACCAUUUACUACCUCCCCAACCUGUGGAGGCAGAGCCAAUAUGACUGUGUUAUUUGGAUGGUGACAUUCACAUCUGCAAUUUUCCUGGGACUGGACAUCGGACUACUUGUUUCCAUAGCUUUUGCCUUCUUCUUGAUCACUGUUCAGUCACACAGAACUAAAAUUCUCCUCUUGGGUCAGAUCCCUAACACCAACAUUUAUAGAAGCAUCAAUGACUAUCGGGAGAUCAUGGCCAUUCCCGGGGUGAAAAUCUUCCAGUGCUGCAACUCCAUCACGUUUGUAAACGUGCACCACCUGAAGCGCAAGCUGUUGGAAGAGAUGGAGAUGGUAAGGGUGCCGCUUAAAGAAGAAGAAGUGUUCGGCCUGUUUCAUGAAAACGAAGACGGCUCACAGGAAGGCAAGAUUUGUCGGUGUUUCUGCAACUGUGACGAACUGGAGCCACCACCCAGGGUUGUUUACACAGAACGGUUUGAAAGUAAACGGGACUAUGACAGAUCCUCCAUUAACCUGAUCCACUGCACACGUCUGGACAGCAGAAACACGAGCCAAACUUCAUCCGAUGAACAAGUACCGUACGUACCAUCAUCCACGUUUCAGAGAAAUCAAGAGCAAAAUUAUGAUGAUGUGGAGGGAAUGUGGCUUUCUAAAAACCUCUCUAGAGACAGAGCAUUACCAUUUCCUGCUGCUGCUGAAAGCCAGGUCAGGGGCAGAUCAGUCAUCCCUUAUUCAGAAUCAUCUCUUCUACCCAUCACCCACACCAUCAUCCUGGAUUUCUCCAUGGUGCAUUUUGUGGAUUCAUGGGCUUCCGUCAUAUUAAGACAGAUGUGCAACGCCUUCCAGAACGCCAACAUUCUGGUGCUCAUUGCAGGGAGUCACUCCUCUGUGGUCAAGGCCUUUGAGAGAAAUGACUUCUUUGAUGCUGGCAUCACCAAGGCCCAACUGUUCCUCACCCUCCAUGAUGCUGUGCUAUUUGCCUUGUCACGGAAGCUUCCAGAGUCCUCCGAGUUAAGCGUGGAUGAAUCUGAGACAGUGAUACAAGAAACCUACUCAGAGACAGAAAAGGAUAUGACUUCAAAACAUAAAACAAGCAGCAGUAUCCUAGAAAUCCCCCCAAAUAUAAGACCUGGCUUCACCAAGAUCCAAGAGCCAAUAACAGAGGAGGAGUCAGAGCUAGACAUGGAACUGGAGCCCACGCUGGAGUCGGAACUACAGACCGGGCUGGACCUGGAUCAUGGGAUGGAGCCUGAGUCAGAGCUAGAACCUGAAUCUGAGCUGGAACUCGAGCCUGACCCUGACCCUGAGCCUGAGCCUGAGCCCAAGCCCAGACCCAGGUCAAGGUCUCAGAUGUACCCUCAGCAGCAGUACUGGACUCCGAGCUCCCCGAGUCACACUCAGCCUAGGUCAUGGUCAGUGGACAAGAGGCGUCCACACAUGAAUUCAUAUUCAUUUAAGGGCAAUGAUUCUGCGGACCUCUAGGAGAUAAAGUGGGAAUACGGGUCAGAUUCCCUUGACAAAUCCUGCCACCCAAAUGGAGUCAUUUGGUCAGAAGCCCCAGACUAGUUAUAAACUCGCAGUACUUGCUUUGGAGUUCCUCCACCUGCUGUUCUUCCUUGCUCAGAAUUGUGAUCUCACUCCCAGAUCACAAUGCUAAAUACCAAGAAUUACCUCUGAAUUGCGACUCCAGGCUCACCUCAUUUCACCUUCAGCAGAUAUUCUAAUGAAGGAUUUCCUUCUUUGCACCUCUGGUGUUUUUUAUCAGAUCAUCUCUAACUUACUCCUUUCAGCUGCUUCCCUUUCUCCAAAAAGAUGAGGCUCAAAUAAAAUAUAUAAGUGUAGUUACAUUUGGACCCUCCCUGCAUUUUCUUCCUUCUCUCUAUUCUUUACACCUAAGGCACAGGUGGCAAAUACAAGGCCCUUGAGCUAAAUCUGGACCUCCACCUUGUUUUAUCUGGCCGGGCACCUUGUUUCUACCAGGCAGCAGCACCGAGUUCCUUGCUGCUAAUUAAGGAGUAGUUACAUUCAUACAGUCCUAAAAUUACAUUUGGCCCUUUGAAGGCAACCUCGAGGCUGGUGUGGCCCCUAGUGAAAAUGAGUUUGACACCCCUGGACUAAGGAAAUGGGAGGGAGAAAUACCAGAAGUGCGUGAACAAGGUGGAGAGGAGAUGAGCAAGAAAAAGAAAUUUAUAUUUUAUAUGCAAGGUGUAUUGACUGCACUGAUAGUGGAAAUAGGCAGGUUAAGCUAGGCCAGCCUCUGAGGCAUGUAGGACAAGGAAUUGUUAGGCUGAAAGCAUUUUUGCCAUCUCUCCAAAGUCAGUAUCUUAUUCUGCCACUGUUUCAGAAGGCCAAGCAGCUGUACCAAUUGAUGGGAAGAUUAACUCUGUAGAACUCUCUCUGGUCUUCAGAUGAACAUUCAUCACUGCUUCUUUUUUAGGUUUUUAAGGUACAUGCAAUCCAGAAUCUGUGCUCUUGCUGGAUCAAACUUAGUUAAAAUCUGUGACAGGCACGAACCCCUUAAGAACUGGAAAAGUCAAUCACUACAAGCUUGGUCCAAAUCCCUUAAAAAAAAUUCCCCUUCCCCCAUUUAAAAAAAUCCAGUAUGAAGUUAAAACCAGAGGAGAAAUAAAGAUCCCUGGGCAAAGGUAUAUGGAAUCCUGAAUUUUAUUUCCCACUCAAUAAACAAAAUUCCUCUUGCUCGGGUACUCAAUUUUUCUCAUCUGUUAGAUGAAAGAAAUCCUUGUUAAAAUUCAGGUGUCUCAUCACAGAGAUAGCAUAUGCAUUCACUCAUUCUACAAACAUUUACUAAGCACCUACUACAUACACAGCACCCCAACAGUAGGGUAGGUAAAACAGUAUUAUCCCUACUUUAUACAUGCAUAAACUUAGGCUCAGAUAAGUUUUACAAUUGGCCCAAAGUUAUAUACAAUCGUAUGAUAAAAGAGGCAAGGGUGCAAGUCACAAGCUUCACUUGUUCAUGCUUACUCAACACAUUUA